AGUACCUCCUCCAUCGAGGUGGGCUAAGAUGAGUAUAACCAGUGAUGAAGUGAACUUCUUGGUCUACAGAUAUCUUCAGGAGUCAGGUUUCUCCCACUCAGCGUUCACCUUUGGAAUCGAGAGCCACAUCAGCCAGUCCAACAUCAAUGGAACACUAGUGCCCCCUGCUGCCCUCAUUUCCAUCCUGCAGAAAGGCCUCCAGUAUGUGGAGGCAGAGAUAAGCAUCAAUGAGGAUGGCACAGUGUUUGAUGGGCGGCCCAUCGAGUCUCUGUCACUCAUCGACGCGGUGAUGCCGGACGUGGUACAGACGCGGCAGCAGGCCUUCCGCGACAAGCUAGCCCAGCAACAGGCGGCCUGCACCAUGGCAGUCGUCACUGCUAGCAACCAAUUUAACGCACCAAAGAACGGAGAGGCCACCGUGAAUGGGGAGGAGAACGGAACACACAUUAUCUAUAACCACAGUGAGCCCAUGGAGAUGGAUCUGGAUGUGGAGAUCCCAGCCAGCAAGGCUACGGUCCUCAGAGGCCAUGAGUCAGAGGUGUUCAUCUGUGCCUGGAACCCUGUCAGCGACCUUCUGGCCUCAGGGUCGGGAGACUCGACAGCCCGGAUCUGGAACCUUAUUGAGAACAGUAACAGCAGCUCCACCCAGCUGGUGCUCAGACACUGCAUCAGGGAGGGAGGCCAGGACGUCCCCAGCAACAAAGACGUCACCUCACUAGACUGGAAUAGCGAUGGGACACUCUUAGCAACAGGAUCCUAUGAUGGAUUUGCAAGGAUAUGGACAAAAGAUGGUAAUCUGGCGAGCACCUUGGGCCAACAUAAAGGGCCCAUAUUUGCGCUGAAGUGGAACAAGAAAGGAAACUGUAUCCUCAGUGCUGGUGUAGAUAAGACGACAAUCAUUUGGGAUGCACACACAGGAGAGGCUAAGCAGCAGUUCCCCUUCCACUCAGCUCCAGCCCUGGACGUGGACUGGCAGAACAACACAACGUUUGCCUCCUGCAGCACAGACAUGUGCAUCCACGUGUGUCGACUGGGCAGCGACCGGCCGCUCAAGACCUUCCAGGGCCACACGAAUGAAGUCAACGCUAUUAAGUGGGACCCGUCAGGGAUGCUACUAGCCUCCUGCUCUGAUGACAUGACUUUAAAGAUCUGGAGUAUGAAGCAGGAUUCAUGUGUCCAUGACCUCCAAGCCCACAGUAAAGAGAUCUACACAAUCAAGUGGAGCCCCACCGGCACCAGCAACUCCAACUCCAACAUCAUGCUGGCUAGUGCCUCGUUUGACUCGACGGUGCGUCUGUGGGACGUGGAGCGAGGUGUGUGUAUCCACACCCUGACUAAACACCAGGAGCCCGUCUACAGUGUGGCCUUCAGCCCCGACGGGAAGCACCUGGCCAGCGGCUCCUUCGACAAGUGUGUCCACAUCUGGAACACCAUGACUGGAGCCUUGGUGCAUAGCUACAGGGGGACCGGAGGGAUUUUCGAGGUGUGCUGGAACAGCACAGGAGACAAAGUUGGUGCUAGUGCUUCAGAUGGAUCGGUAUGUGUUCUUGAUCUCAGAAAAUAGCAUCCUGGCAGUGACUUUGAAGAUGGACCCUGGAAUGUGCGGCAAAAAUGCCUUCAGCCAUCAGCAAACACACUCUCAUAGCUCAAAGCAGGCCUGACAACGUGGAGGAAAUCCCCAUAGGGCGGACACAGGAGACCUUUUAACUACCACAACCUACUUAAUGGCAAAGGCAAUCCUCAGUUUGUGGAUUUGUCUCCUGUUUGAGACCACAAAGAACAUUUGCUGGGUGAAUCAAUUUACAGGACUAGACUUAAUCCAGUUUAUUUUGUUCAGCCAUGUUUUAAGAGGUGCCUAAAGAGGAAGUGAAAUCAUGACCUCCUUCGUGGCCAGCGGCCCUGCUGUUAUCUGAAUAGGGUCUGAAUCAUGAGGAAGAGGGUUUGUACAGGGAGAGGUGUGAGGAGAUACAGACCAGUGUUUUGGGUGUGUUUGACAUCAAAUUGUGAGAGAAAGGUUGUGUUUUAGAAUUUAUCUAAGCACAUGUUAGUCCUAUGGUGUCCUGAGUUGAGAAACUAUAUGGGAGACAUGAGGAGAGUGACAUUGUUAGUGCUGCACUGGCAUUCUCAAAUGAUGUGAUGUUUAAAUUGUCCUCUGUGGAGAAUGGUUCCUGUUUAAAGAGCAGAUUUUUCACAAAUUGACUUCUGAAAGUCAGAGUAAAAAAAAAGGUGCCGCUAUGAGGUAGUUCUGUGCACGCAUUUUAAUAACAUCAAGGUUAAAAAAAAUCAAUAAACUGCCAAGUUGAACUUC